AUGAUAGGAACUUUGACUGAAUUCAACACCAACAGUCAUCAAGUCACAAUAAACACUGUUCGUGACAUAGNGUAUGGUCCUACUGAAAUAACAGUUGCUGCUACUGUGCAAUCUCUGCGUCCUGGCCAACCAAUUAGCAUCGGUGCUCCGUUACCUAAUUAUGUAUGUUGUUUCCUCGAUGAGGAGACGGGUCAGCCAACUUCUACAACAAUCGGUGAAUUAUGUAUACGCGGACCAGGUGUUGCUCUGGGUUAUGUUAAUCGUGAAGCACUGACUAAAGAAAAAUUCACGGAAUACGGUUAUCGCACAGGUGAUCGUGUGUCGAUUCAAAACGGGCAGAUCUUUUUCCACGAACGAAUUGAUUCUCAAGUUAAACUUCGCGGUUUUCGUAUGGAACUUGAUGAAAUCGAACAGGAAUUACUCCGAUUAGAAGGUCAAGUUAUAUCUGCUGCUGUGGCUGUUGUUCAUGAGCAGUUGAUCGCUUUCGUCGUGGGCAACUUGACCGAAUCACAAAUGCGAGAAGAACUCAGACAACGGCUGCCUUCUUACAUGGUACCUGAUCGAUUAAUUAAAGUCGAUGGAGCAAUGCCUCGAUUACCCAGCGGCAAAAUAGAUCGCAAAGCUCUCUUGUUAAUAGAUGACAUGAAAAAACCAAAACUUUCCAAAGUAGAAAUUAAUUCCAACAUUGCAGUAGAGCAUACUAUCAACGAGCCAAAUGGGAAUAGUCAACCAAUCGACGUUGUUAUUAAUACUUUUCAGAAGAGUUUUCCACAUCAACAAGUAAAGCCAAAUAAUGAUUUUUUCCUCGAUCUUGGUGGUCAUUCAUUGAUCGCCGCACUUACAAUCGCUGAAUUACGAAAAUACUUUCCAAGUGUUGCUCUGCACGAUUUGUACGAAUGCAAAACCGCAACUAAACUUGCUGAACGGUUAACUAAUCAAUCCAUUGAAAAGAAGAACGACGAAAGCAUCGCGAAACCUUUUGCUGCUUACGUUAAACCUUCUCUGACAAGAAUCAUUCUGUGUAGCAUUUACCAAUUACUAGUAAUGUUGAUACUCGGUACAAUUGCCUCCAUGGAACUUCUUUUACCAUACAUAACGUUUGUUUUACUGUUGCACGAACAUGAUCUUGGCUAUGCAUGUCUUGUCGCCUAUGGAACACUAGUUGUUACAAUGAUAGUUCGAUACAGUUUUCCUGUUUUAAUCAAAUGGAUACUGAUUGGUCGAUAUAAAGAAGGUGACUUUCCAUUAUGGGGUUGGAUGUACCUGCGCUGGUGGACUGUCGAGCAAUUACGAAAUCUAGCUAUGGAAGGUGUAUUAGCGGAUAGCCCAUUGAUGAGUAUAUAUUAUCGACUUCUCGGUGCAAGAAUUGGCCGUAAUGUUCAUUUGGGCUCUAUCAGUUGUGCCGCACCUGAUCUAUUGGAAAUCGAUAAUGAAACCACCAUAUCAUCAGAAGUGCAUUUUCAGACCGCCUUUGUCGAAGAUUAUACGUUGAAAUUUCGUCGCAUUUGUAUCGACAGAUAUGUUUAUGUCGGAAGUCGAAGUGUACUAAAUGGACAAACAAAAAUGAAUGAUUAUUCUGAAUUAGAUGAUUUAUCCUUUCUGCCAUCUAAUACAUCCGUACCUACCGGCGAAGUAUGGCAUGGCUCGCCAGCUACCUAUUCGCAUAAUGUCGAUAUAGGAGCAUUGACUUACGGCACAACCAAGAAUAAAUUCAAAUCUCUAAUCACUCCAAUCAUUUUCACUGUGAUCGUUGUUUUCUUCAUACCAUUCUUCUAUUUUAUUCCAACGAUUCCAGGUCUUAUUCUCUUCGAAUAUGUAGAUUUAAAAUCAGUUAACGACUGGAUAGAAGUGUUUAUCUUCGGUGUUCCUGUUGGCAUCUUAUAUACAUGUUUAGUUAUUGUACAAAUCGUUGUUAUUCGCUUUUUGUUUAUUGGUACUCUAACGGUAGGCGUCUACAGUACGCAAUCAUUUGUUUACAUACGAAAAUGGUUAUUCGAUCGAGUUCUUGACAUUGCAUUACAUAUUAUCCAUACAUUUUAUGCUACGCUGUAUAUGGUGCCUUUUCUCCGAACAUUAGGAAUGAAGAUUGGUAAUCGUUGUGAAGUAUCGACGGCGAUAGGAAUGGUUCAUUCGUUAGUUGAAAUCGGUGAUGAAUGUUUCAUCGCUGACAAUGUUCUUCUUUGUGAUCCAUACAUUCGAUUCGGGCAGAUGCAUUUACAACGGACAACGAUUGGCAAACGUGUUUUCAUUGGAAAUACCGCUAUCGUUCCCGACGGAAAGCAAAUACCGAAUGAAUGUUUAAUUGGAUGCAUGUCUCUCGUUGCUGAUGGCAUGCAAGCAAAACAAUCGUGUCUUGGUUCACCAGCGUUUAUCUUGCCGAAUCGAGAACAAGUUGCUGGUGAUAUUUCAGAAAACUUGACAUACCAACCCAACAUCUCUGUGAUUGUUCAACGUUUUUGUAUCGAUACAGUGCGUGUGUUUCUACCGCGAAUUGUCAUUGUUCUAGAAAUCGGUAUAGCGACUCAGAUCUUCGAGCAAUUGAACGAGUCCGCUGAUUUUGGCUAUUCAUUAUUUCUCGUACCUCUUUUAUACUUCGCUAUACUUGCAAUACCAUCUACAUUGCUUUGUAUUGCUCUGAAAUGGUUGCUGGUGGGAAAAUAUCGAACUAAUUAUUAUCCUCUAUGGAGUUGGUUCGUGUGGUUAUCGGAUUUCGUUACAGUCACUUUCGAGCAAUUAGCUGCAGGACUUUUAUUGGAAUUUUUGCGUGGAACUUUCCUGAUCGCUCCCGUCUUGCGUUGUUUUGGUGUAAGAAUUGGCCAGUAUUGUUACAUUAAUACAAUUGAAAUUACUGAAUUCGAUUUAAUUAAUAUCGGCAAUCAGGUUGUGCUCGAUGCUGGAACAGAACUUCAAACUCAUUUGUUCGAAGAUCGUGUGAUGAAAAUGGCUGAAAUCAGUAUUGAAGAUCAAGCAAAUCUUGCCUAUUCAGCAAGGAUGUUACCCAAUACACGCUUAAGCACAGCUUCGAAAUUAGGACCAUUAAGUUUAGUAAUCAAAGGCGAAGUAAUUCCUCCUCAAACCUCUUGGCAAGGCAUUCCAAUUAGACAUUCUACCUGA